AAAUAAUCGCUCGCCGUUUUUUUUUUUUUGUACAAACGUUUCAUGUCGCAAAGUUAACAAUUAUUUAUAAUUAUUAUUAUUUAUUCAGUGCGCUUGCCAGCAAGCCGAAUUCGUUUUGAAUUCCACGCACAUAAGCUGCCGAACAAUCGAACAAUCGAAAAAUCGAAAUGCGUUAAAUGUCAAGGACAACGGAAAAGCCACAACAAAAACAAUAGGAAAGCAAGAGAGCGAGAAAGCAACUCAGCUGGGAAAGUUUCAAAGGAAGAGUAAGGAAAACCGGGAAAAUUCUCGAGAUUAAGCCGUAAAUAUGUCAAAUCCGGUACACGGAAAACCGCCAAAUAGCAUGGGUCUCUCAUCCGGCUCAUCAUCCGCAUCCUCGCCCAUUUCGGUGUCCCAGCAAGCGGGAAGCACUGGGAACAGCUCCUCAUCAUCCUCCUCCUCCUCCUCCUCUUCGUUGGGCGGUGGAAUCGUCAAGGACAAGGCGGGUCUGCCGCCGGUCUACCUCAACCUGAAUGAUAAUGCCAAGGAACAGACACCAUCGCCCGGUUCACCGCUGCAAAACUGGGAUGACGCCCGCACCGCCGACGUCUGGCUGUCCUCGCUGCACAGCGUCAUCUUCAUCAUCACCUGCGCCCUGGCCGCCUUCAUUCUGUUCCGCAACGUGCUCACCUGGCAUCUGCAGAGCUUUUGGGGCGCCUCCGGCGAUUUCUGGCAGUCGCAGUGGGACAAAUUCAUCGACUCGUUCGGCGACGAGCCCAUGGUUCUGUGGGUCUUCGGCACCACCAUAUUCACAAUGCUCGUCUACUGGACCGUGGGCACACUGUACACCUUCAUGGACCUGACCAAUCGGCCCGCCUGUCUGCGCAAGUACAAGAUCCAGCCGGGCACCAAUGAGCCCGUGGAGGUUCGUCGUCUGCUGAAGGUGAUCUGGUGCGUGGUCUGCAACCAGAUAUUCGUGGGCAUACCACUGGCCUACGCCAGCUACCGACUAAUGGAGAUCCGUGGACUGAGCGACAUUCGCGACCUGCCCACAUUCCACUGGGUCUGCUUCGAGCUGACCGUGUGCAUCCUGAUGGAGGAGCUGGGAUUCUACUACUCGCACCGUCUGCUGCACCACAAGCACAUCUACAAGUACAUCCACAAGCAGCAUCACGAGUGGACGGCCCCCAUCUCGGUGACGGCCAUCUAUUGCCAUCCCAUUGAGCACAUCUUUAGCAACCUGUUGCCGCCCUUCCUGGGCGUCUUUCUCAUGGGCAGCCAUGUGGCCACCGCGUGGCUGUGGUUCGCCCUGGCCAUCCUAUCCACGCUCAACGCCCACUCCGGCUAUCACCUGCCGUUCUUUCCCAGUCCCGAGGCGCAUGAUUUUCAUCAUUUAAAAUUCAACAACUGUUUCGGCGUGCUGGGCGUCUUGGAUCGCCUCCAUGGCACCGACUCCCUUUUCCGGGCCACCAAGUCGUAUGCGCGACACAUCAUGAUGCUGAGCUUCAAGCCGCCGCGCGAUGCAUUCCCCGAUCCGACGAUGAAGUAGGCCGGCGAAGUGGAAGUUCUCUUGUGCAUGGCAGCAAGCAUUUCUCAAUCUGUGUAUACAAAUUUCAAUUGUGAUAUGACCAGGCAGAUCCUAUUUUUUGUACACCUCAUAUGUAGACGUAUGGUGCAGACAACCCUAGAAUUCCGCACACACGCGAGCACAGCUCCCGGAGCGAAUCCCCCCCACAAAUGUUAAUCGAGUCGAAUAAAGCGUAAAUGUAAAUGUAUAGCCAAA